AUGAGCCGACAGUGCUACACCUCCGGCUCCAUCCUGGGAAGACGAGGCUUCUCCUCGGCCUCCGCCAGGAUUUCCUUCGGGGGCAGCUGCCGCGGCGGGGCCUACGGCGGGGCGGCGGUCGGCCGCUGCGGGGCGGCUUACGGCGGGGGCCGCUUCGGCGCCGUCGUGGGCUUCGGGAACUGUGCGAGCUUCGGGGGCCUGGGCGGCUACAGAGGCCUGGGCGACGGCGUGGCCGUGGGGGGCUACGUGGGGGGCGCCGGCCUCGGCGUGGGCCUCGGCGGAGCGAGGUCCGAGGGGAUUCGCGGCGUCAGCAUCCACCCCGAGCUGCUCAAGCCCCUGUGCGUGGGCGUGGACCCCGAGGAGUGCCAGGUGCGGACCCACGAGAAGGAGCAGAUCAAGAACCUCAACAACCAGUUCGCCUGUUUCAUCGACAAGGUGCGGCUGCUGGAGCAGCAGAACAAGGUGCUGACCACCAAGUGGGAGCUGCUGCAGCAGUAUGUGCUCCCAGCAUCCCGCAGAAACCUGGAGCCUGUGUUUGAGAACUUCAUCUGCAACCUGAGGAAGCAGCUGGAGUGUGUGAUGGGGGAGCGUGAGCGGCUGGAGAAUGAGGAGCGCUGCCUGCGGGACCUGGUUCAGGAGUUCAAGUGCAAGUACGAAGAUGAGAUCAACAAGCGCACGGCAGCGGAGAAUGAGUUCGUGGUGCUCAAGAAGGAUGUGGAUUGUCUCUACCUGACCAAGGAGGAGCUAGAGGUCAGGGUGGGUCUCCUGCGGCAGCAGCUGGAGUUCCUGAAGUGCAUCUACGCCGAGGAGAGGGCUCAGCUGGACUGUCAGCUGUGUGACACCUCUGUCAUCGUGCAAAUGGACAACAGCCGGGACCUGGACAUGGAGGGCAUCAUCAAAAGCGUGGAGUGCUGCUACGAGGAGAUCGCUCAGAAGAGCAAGGCAGAGGUGGAGGCUUUCUACCAAACCAGGCUGGAGGAGCUCCACAGCAGCCGGGGCAAGUUCUGUGAUGACCUAAGGAACAACCAGAGCGAGAUUGCUGAGCUCAACAGGAUGAUCCAGAAGCUGCAGUGUGAAUCAGACAAUGUGAAGAAACAGAUCUCAGCCCUGCAGACUGCCAUCUGUGACGCCGAGCAGCGGGGAGACUGUGCCCUCAAGGACGCCCGGCAGAAGCUGGUUGACCUGCAGACAGCUCUGCAGCAGGCCAAGGACAAGAUGGCCUGUCUGCUCAGGGACUACCAGGAGCUGCUCAACGUCAAGCUGGCCCUGGACAUUGAGAUUGCCACUUACAGGACGCUGCUGGAGGGAGAGGAGAGCAGGAUAUGCACCGGCAACCCUGUGAGCGUAGCCGUGGUCAGCGGCGGGGGCACGGUGGGCGAGUGCCGCUCCCUGUCCGGGCUCGGAGGCAAGUGCAGCGUCAAGAGCGGCGGGGCCGGCGCGGGGCUGGGCAUGGUCUCGUCCUUCGGCAGCGCCGCCUUCAGCCCACAGGGAUCACACAACUAUGCACUAGGACAUCGCUCUGCCCAAGCCCUUUGCCUGACAAAACCCUCCCUCUCUCCUGAUGUCUUUCUUGGGGGAAACUCCCCCCCCGCCCCCCUCAGCCAGCUAUUGCAAAAGGAUGAAAAAUUUGGUCAUCCCAACUUCAGAAAGAGAAGCCACAAUUUAAUUGUCCGAGACGAAGCUGCAGCUGUAAUUUAA